AUGGACAAAGGUACAACCGUCAGAAUAGUGUUGGACGUCGGAUGCUUUGGCGAUGCACUAAAAAGAACAUGGGCUGCAGAAGUAGAAUUUGGACAGAAGGAACCUCCAUCAUACACUUUAGUCAUUUAUUUCGAUUUUACAAAAGGUGGAAGCCGAGUGUUGGUCGUGAACGGUGAACGUUUUAACAAGCAAAGUUGUAAUGGCGGCAAGGUGUCGUGGAGAUGCAUCAAACGUAAUUUGGGCUGUAAAAGUACAGUUUGGACAUUCGAUGAUGAAAUAGUUAAGAUAAGAGAUGAUCAUAUGCAU